AUGUUCGAAGCCCUCAGCGACCCCAAGACCUGGCUUUUCGCGCUGUUCUCCGCGCUCGACAACGUCCCGAACUCACUCACCAACCAGCGCCAGAUCAUCGUCGCGUCCUUCCGGUUCACGACCUUCCCGACGACGCUCCUCGGCUGUGUUGACGGCGCGGUGGAGAUCGCGACCAUUUGGACUGGGGUGACGAUAGCCGCACGAGUGAGGAACGGUAGAGGGUAUACGGGCGCGGCAUAUUUUCUACCAUCAUUGUUGGGGGUCAUUCUUAUCAGUACGUUGCCGUGGAGUGAUAAGAUCGGUUUGCUGUUCGCGCAGUGGCUGUCAGGUAUCAGUGUGACGGGUUUUGUCAUGAGCCUCUCCUGGCUGUCGAGUGUUACAGCGGGCCAUACGAAGAAAGUAACUAGUAAGUUCAAGCCUAGCAGCCGCAGUGUUACCUACAUCGCACUGACGGCCAUGCAGCUGCAAAAAUACAAACCUCGCAACCACGUCCCAUGGGCGAUCAUCGGCGUCUGCUACACAAUCUGUCCUUUGAUCUUGCUCGUCAUCCGCUAUAUGCUGUGGAAAGAGAACAAGAUAAGAGACCAGGAACCUCCGGACGACACUUAG